CAUACCUACCUACAUACCGCGCUGCGCGAGGCACAUACAGUGCCUUCAAAUGCGGUUGCGCGCUUCCACCGCACGGCAAACAAAGAGCGAAAACAGUGAGCAUCCCUGGCUGUAGAGUUGCACCUGCAGGAGGGCUUGCUUUGAUUCUUUUUUCGGCUGUUUUGUCUCACUUGGAUAGGAGGACAGUUUGUGUCUGUGUCCCGUGUCCCAAGAUGAACCAAACCGCCACCGUAUCGCAUCAAGUGAAAUGCCAGUCUACAAAGGCCAUCAAGGACCUGGGUGGAGUGAGUCCUCCUCAGAGGAACUGGAAGGGCAUUGCUAUCGCUCUGCUGGUCAUACUGGUGGUCUGUUCCCUCAUCACUAUGUCUGUCAUCCUCCUCACACCAGCUGACAACCAAGCUGGAAGUGACACUAAAAUGACUGUGGAGGAUUUGUUCAAACCCGAGUUCAAAGUCCAUGACCCGGAGGCCCAGUGGAUCAAUGACUCUGAAGUCAUCUACAGGAACAGUGACGGCCAUGUCAUCAAGUUCAACAUCCUCACAAAUGAAACAGAGAUCGUCCUGACAAACGGCACAUUUAUUAACUUCAACGUGGCGAAGUAUGCAGUCUCCCCUGACCUGAAAUAUGUGCUCUUCGCAUAUGAUGUGAAACCGGUUUAUCGCCACUCCUACAUGGCCUCCUACAGCAUCUACAAUAUUCACACUCGGGAGGUUUGGGAGCUGGACCCUCCUGAGGUGGUUAACUCAGUUCUCCAGUAUGCUGCCUGGGGGGUGCAAGGCCAACAGCUGAUCUACAUAUUUGAAAACAACAUCUAUUAUCAGUCGGAUGUCAAGAGCAACUCCCUUAGGCUAACAUCCUCGGGAAAAGACGGGGUCAUCUUCAAUGGAAUUGCUGACUGGCUCUAUGAAGAGGAGAUCCUCAAGACCCAUGUGGCUCACUGGUGGUCUCCUGAUGGAGAGAGGUUGGCCUUCCUGGUUCUCAAUGACACUUUGGUGCCCAACAUGGCUUUACCUCGCUUCACUGGCAUGACAUACCCAAAAGGAAAGCAGUACCCCUACCCCAAGGCUGGUCAACCCAACCCAGCGGUGAAGCUCUAUGUAGUCAACCUUUACGGGCCGACGCACACGUUGGAGCUCAUGCCUCCAGAGACACUCAAGCUGCGGGAACAUUAUGUGACAAUGGUGAAGUGGAUCAGCAAGACCAAGACAUCUGUUAGAUGGUUAAACCGGGCCCAGAACAUUUCCAUCCUGACUGUGUGUGACACCACCACCGGAGCCUGCGUCACGAGACAUGAAGAAAGCUCUGAGCUCUGGCUCUCCAAGCAGGUAAGCUUCUCUUUAUUCUACAUGUCAGUGCCUUUAAGUGAUGGCGCUCAGUCAGAUGACCCUCUACUACUCUUGUUCUGAUUUUUUCAGUUCAGAGCUGAUCAAAAUGAAGUCCGACAUCUAACGUCUGGAAACUGGGAGGUGACAAAGAUCAUUGCCUUUGACGAGGACACCGAUAACCUUUAUUUUCUCAGCACCGAGGGUUCACCACGGAGACGGCAGCUUUUCAGUGUUAAAACUGUGGGCCUGUUCCCCCGACGGUGUUUAACAUGUGAACUGAAUAAAGCCCACUGUUUGUACUUCGACGCUGACAUCAGCCCCACGAACCAGCACGUUAUCCUUCACUGUAAAGGUCCUGGAGCACCUACUGUGAUCCUACACAGUCUGAAUAAUUCAAAUUACUACAUCCUUGAGAACAACUCUUUGCUGAAGACAGCCUUGAAGUACAAAAGGAUCCAGCUGACAGACUUCAGAACUGUUCCAAUGGAACAUUUUGAUUUACCUUUGAAGAUCUCGUACCCACCAGACUUCUCUGAUUCCCGCCACUAUGGACUUCUGUUGGUCGUUGACGGCGCCCCUGGAGGUCAGGCUGUGAGUGACCGUUUCUCCCUCAGCUGGGACUCGGUCCUCGUCAGCUCUGACAACAUCAUCGUGGCCCGUCUGGACGGCCGGGGCGGCGGCUUCCAGGGUCAAAGGAUACUGCACGAAGUUCACCAGAGACUGGGGACUGUUGAUGUUCAGGACCAGAUUGCAGCCGUGGAAUACAUGAUGAAGUUUCCAUACAUUGACCGGACAAGGAUAGCAGUGUUUGGAAAGGGAUAUGGAGCCUACAUAACAUUAAUGAUGCUGAAGUCUACUGACAGCCUGUUUAAAUGUGCAUGUGCAAUGUCACCAGUGACCGACUGGAAACUCUAUGCGUCAGCGUUCUCUGAACGAUACCUCGGCAUGCCAUUACGGGAUGACAGCAGAUAUCAGUUUUCCAGUGUGCUGCAGAAUGUUCAAGCUCUUAGGGAACAGACAGUGAUGCUGGUGCAUGGCACAGCAGAUGCCAAUAUCCACUUCCAGCACACUGCUGAGCUCGUCAAGAACCUUGUGAAAGUUGGAGCAAACUACUCAAUGCAGAUCUACCCAGAUGAGGGACACUUCCUGUCUCAGCAGAGUCGUCAGCACCUCUACACCACACUGUCCAGUUUCUACAGGGAGUGUCUGAAGGAGGAGUUGCUACCACUACCCGAUGAAGAGGAGGAAGAAGAGGAGUAGGAAUGUGUCUUUGGGAGUCAGACCUUUGGCAGAGCUUGAAGAAUUUUGCUGAAAUCCGUCAAGGCCUUUCGUGUUUGGACCAAGUGUUUAGCCAGAAAAGGACACUGGGGUAGAGCUGCUGAUGCUCCCAAAGUGUGUAUGUGUGCGUGCGUAUGUGUGUGUGUGUAUGAGCACUCCUGUGUGUGUGUCUGUGUAUGUAUAAAUGUGAUGAAAAAGAUAGCUAAAGGACACAACAAGUGACGCUCGCAUUGCCGGGGUUGAGGCGCGAACUGCCGUCUAGCAUAGAGUCAUUUCAGUUUUGGGACGCUCAGUUUCUCGGCAAAGCACACUGAAGAUGUGCUGCAGGUUCUCCGAGCUGCAGUCAUUCACACUUAACCAAGUGCAUGGUUCUUUUCCCCCCCUUCGCCUUUCAGCUUCACUCAUUCUUGCCAUGUCAGUCUCCUUUGUGGUACUGCGACACUUUGGAAGACAAGAACACCAAUAUACACCUUUGAUCUCACCUCUCUUUUGGUUGUUGUAUCGUUGCACAAGGAAAUGCUCCAGUCAUCUGCAAAAAUGUUUAGUCACGCAAGUUCACUACAACCUGAGCAGAUCCUGAAUAAGUGCAAUUUCCUGCUGAAACCCUCUGCCAUCGCCCACCCUGAAUGGAAACAGUGUUUAGAGGUCACACUUUAUUGUACAGCAGUCUUGUGUAGACAUGUACAAUGCCUUAUGAGGUUCAACAUACUGUAAUAUUACUUGCUGGCAGUGGUAGUCAUCCAUUAGCAGUGUCAUGUUAACCUAUGUCAACUCAGGUCCUCGAGACACGGUGUUGCAGUCAGUUUAGAAACUCUUAAGUUUGGGAUGAAGAUAACAGGUUUAUAGGCCAUGUAGUAAUUUCAGUUUCAGGCCACACUGAAAAAGUUCUCCAUCUUAAUAUGUGAUUUGAACCCUUAAAUCAAGUUGCACAAGUUUAAAAAGGUGUGAGAUCAUUUUCCAGUGCAUCUCCACCAGAGUAAAGAACCAUUUCGCGUAUUUUUGGACACUAAAAGACAUUCAAAAAAAUGUGGGAAACAGUUAAAAGUGGCUGAACUAAGAUGGGGAAUUUUACAGUGUCAGUAAGGUGUUUGCAUGUCUACAGGGAAUGUGUCAAGUGUUGCCACAUUUUGUACAGUACAAUACAGCAGAGUGUGUACAUAGAUAUAUUUUUAAGAUGUCAGAUCUCAUAGAAAGUUUAGUCUAUGGGGAUGGAUUGAUUUGACCUGGACGUCUUGUACUUUCAUUUCUUUUCUGUUUUCUUUCAAGCUGUUGAUUUUCUUCUUAGGAUGGAUUUUGUAAUGCUUGUUCUCGUUCUUUUUGCUGUUUUAAAAGGGAAGGGUUGAGGGUUGAGGUUUUGGGGUUAUUGUGAUUGUCCUCUAGUGAUGAUUAUAAAUAAUAAAUAAUAAUAAAAAAGGUAAAAAAAAAAACUCUACACA